UAUCAAUCUUUUGCAUUUUUGAGUGCUUUUACGGUGCAAUUUUUUAUUUUUUUGGAAUGAAUCUUUCAUGCAUAUUUGAGGUGUUUUCAUACUGUCAUAAGAAGAACUAAGAAAAUGUGUUCAGUUAUACGAUGCACGAAGCAAUGAAGGGUUUUGGCAUUGUUUCCGACUUGCAGUGUUUAGUGGGACCGAACUUCUCUGAUAAAUUUAUCUCUUCAUGGCACUUGUAUCAGUAUAUCUCUGAAACAUGUUUUACACCCAUCGUUUUGAGAAUCUCAAAAAAAUCUUAGCCUAAAAUUGUAUCCGGCCCUGUUGUGGUAGAUCAUUUCUCUUUCCAACUGAGAUCAGAAUUUUACAUCUGACCCGGGAAGAAUGGAAGAGUCUAAGGAACUGCAACUACUCCAAGAGUGGGCUCCUUUGACAUACAUUACAGAGCAAAUUAAGCGUGAGGUUCGAAUUGGUUUCUCGUCCAUGAAACAGCAUUUGACAUGCAUUGAUUUUACAGAUACUCACAUUUCCGUUGGCUCUGAUUGUGGGGUCAUUUACUGGUGUCCUCGUUCUGGUCUGAAACCUAGAGAACUGAGAUUACAGGAAUUUGGAAUACCAAUCACAGCAAUUCGAAUAGGAAUUCCAAGUAAAGAAUGUAACUGGAUUGCAACUGGGGAUAAACUUGGCUCAAUUCAUGUUUUUCAAAUUUCAACGAAACACUCUUCCGAGGAUAGAGUGUACCACAUUCCGAAACAUCACAAAGCUGCUGUAACAACUUUGGAAUGGAGUGAUUCUGGAGACACUUUAUUCUCUGGUGAUGAAAUUGGGAUAAUUAAAACGUGUGAGCUUUUGUUCAAUAAGACAUCAUUAGUAGGUAAUAAGCAAAUGAUUGAUGAGCAGUACAAAAUCAUUCAACUUAGUUUUAAGGCACCCAACUUUUUGUUGGCUUCAACUUUACAUAGGGCUGUGAUCAUAAAGAAUGCAACUCAUAAAGACUAUAGCAUUCAACGAAUUGGGAAGAAGGCUAGAGCCAGUUUAAUGCCACUCGGAGGUAUUCUCACAGGCCCAGAUGCAGAACCACUUGUUUUAGCUGCCCGUCCAAGACAAAAACUCUGGAUUGCAGACAUUAAUGGAGAUGUUAUAAAAACAUUGAUCUUUACGAACUUGAGUUCGGAACCAUUUCCUGAAAUCAAAUUGAUCAACACAGCUGUGAACUUUACAAAUUCAAAUGAUCUCACAAAUGUAGAAUUUAACCGAAUAGAAAAAUUCACCAACAACUUUCUGGUUGUUUCACACCAUCAUGGAAUCCUAAUAUUAGAUACAGAUUCAAUUGCCGUUACUGCCGCCCUAAGUGGCUUACAUGACAUAAAAAAUGUAGCUGUUUUUUGUGAUGAAAUUAUGUUUUUGGAGGGGAAUUUUAAUAUUGUCCGACUUGGAUGGGAGCCUGAUCCCUACCAGUCCCAAUUAUCAGGAAAAAUAGACGAUCACAAACUACCAGUUGGUGAAGCUCUAAUCGAUAUCAGUACACGCUUAAAACAUGGUGCUUUAUCCUUUGUUCCUAUUUUAACUGCAACAUUUCAAGGUGCUAAGAAGUCUUCAGAUCAAGUAAGUGAGGCAGAUGAAGCUUCUGAACUUCCUACCAUUGUAUCUGUGGAUGGUGUUGCUCCUUUAUGUGUGGAUAGAUCCACUGUCAGAUGUGUCCAGCCUCAUGAAUUUGAAAACAUUGCUCUCGCACAAAAACGGAUACGAAGGAAAAAACCAAUCCAAAGAAAUCGUAGAAUGAAAGUAAGCUCAGGUGUUGAUUCCGGAUCUGAUUCCUUAAGUACGACGAGUGCGUUUUCAGAAUUCACCAGUGACAGUGAGUUAUCUAGGCAACCUUCAUUAACUAAUAUGGCAUUGGAGGACAUUCCCAAAGAUGAAUAUUAUUCAGGAGAACCAUACAUUCCGGCUGACAUAAAGCCAGAUUUAAGAAAUUUAGACGCAAUAAGUGCUGAUGUUUCAUCCAAAGAGAAAAUCUUAGAGGAAUCUUUACACUUAAAUGAUGUGAUUUUGUCAUUUCGGAAAACCGACAUAAGGUCUAAUUCAGAAAAAGACAAUGAAAAUGCGAAACCUAGUCCUGAGUUUGAAGAUGCCUUACUAUUAAUGAACCAAUCUAGCAAUGAUGACUCCAAAUUUCUUCAAACUAUUAACUCUCAUCAUAGCAAUGAACAUUUUUUGGAUCUACCAUCAGUUACUUCUUGUGCUGAAAGAAAUUCUUCCUGUAUGUCUACCCCUAAACAACAUGAUGAAGAUAAUCACUCGAUUCUAUCUGAGAAAAGUCAUCUUGAAGAUGCUGCUGUCUCUGCUUUUGGUGGGUUACUGGAUUGGGAUCAGGUAAAAGCCCCAGAAAGUUUAAAAUGGUUCUGUGUGUCAGAAAACUUUAUUUUAGCAGGUGGAAAGAAAAUGAACGCAUAUGUCUGUGAUCGAAGAGAGAAAACUAUUUCAUGGAAGCAAUUAGAUUUUUCUACUUCUCAGAUGUUUAUGAGCCCAAAAGGAUCAGUGAUAUGGAAAUUAGAUGUAAACAUAGCCUAUGAGUUAAGGAAUAAUGAUUUAUUUAAGUGUGAUUGGAGGACAGUGUCAAGAAAUGUUACAAGUGUUUCAUUAAGUGAUUUUAUUGCUUCGUAUAUCUGUGAUAAUCAACUUUACUUGCAAACAGCUUCGAGUUUUGCAUCAAGUAUCUCUUCUCCUGCCUAUUAUGUGCCUUCUCCACUGCAGUUGGCAGUUGUUUCUUGCUAUAAAUUGUUUGUAUGGGUGCUGAGCGAAGGAAACAAAGUGCAAAGAAGAGAAGGAGUUUCAAAGGAGUGUCUUACUGGUAAUUUUUGGGUCGACGUAGUAACUCCUGAUACAAUACAAGUAAAAAAUAUUACUGCCGGGCCUAAUUACAGUGGAUGGAUCAGCUCAACCUACAAUAAUUUUUAUUUUACCAAAGACUGCUCAGAAAAUGUACCCACUUGGUUUCAGCUCCUUCUCAUUGAACCACUGCAAUCACUCAGAGAUCCCAUCUUUCACAUGGUGGAUAGCACACUUUGGAUUGCAGAAAGUGAUAGUCAAGUUGUAUACCACUGUGACUCAGCCAUAGAGGGUGAGGAAUGGCAUCAGCUUUGUGAAGGAAAGUGGAAGCUGGUAUCAGCAGGAGGAAUCUUUGUUGACUGUGGCAGCCUAUGGCUGUGUUCUGAGAGUGGGCGUCUCUAUCAAACUUACCCACAUUCUUGUUCAGUGAUGCAGGAAAUCAAUCCCCCGAAUAAUUUAGAUAUCUUAUGUUUAGCAGCAUCCUCUGAAGUUCUAUGGCUGCUGCUGUCUAGUGGGGAAAUUUUUAUCAGAGAAGGAAUUUCAAACGACUGUUUUGCUGGAAAAUCUUGGAAACCACUAGACAUGGAACAAAUUAGCAAAAAAGUGAUCUUCCAGCACCUGAGUAUUGGUCUAGACUCUGUUUGGGCUGUCAGCAAAGCAGGAGAAGUAUUUGUUGCUAUCGGCUCUCCUUUUUCGAUGUCCACUGCUGUCUUUGCUCCUGCUUGGGUUCAUGUAGAAUCUGAAAUUAAGAUGGCAAAGGUGUUUUUGGGGCCUGAACUACACAUGGUUUGGGCUGUUGAUGCUCAAAAGAAUGUUUAUGUCCGAGAUGCUAUUUUCCCUGAUUUUCAAAUUGGUUUAAGUUGGGUUUUAGUUCCUGGCAUCAAAGCUAUUCAUUUGUCUGUGAGCAGCAUUGGUGUGUGGGCAGUAUCCUCUAACCGGCAGGUUUUUCGCAGACAUGGUAUCACUCAGAACAAUUAUAUCGGAGAUUAUUGGCAGAGACAUACUAAGUCACUAUCAUUAAUAUCAGUGUCUGGUGAUGAUAGAGCAUGGGGACUAGACAGGAAAAACGCCUUGGUCAUGCGAAAAACUGCCUGCUUCUCCCUCAAUGAUGUCAGUGAAUCAAAGAACUCGGAAAAUCUUGUCGAAGAUCUUUGGGAAAUCAUUGACACAGAAAUCUUAUCGUAACCUGCUAAUGGAUUAACCAACUUUAUCCAAGCUUGUUUCUUUUAAGUAAUGAACUGUUCUUUUUACUUUGCUCGUUUGGAACUUUGUUCACCACUGUUACCUGGUUAAGAUAUCUAUCAAUUUUAGUUAAAAAUGCAAAUAGAAAGAUUUUAAAAAUGUUCUAUUCAGCAUCAGUUUUCAGAGCUAUACACAUGGGAAGUUUAAAUUUAAGAAUUCAUCAUGCUCAUUGUCAACAAAGUUUUAGAAAGUUGCAUCAAAAUUAUAUGGAAUCAAACUGGUGCUGAGAUAAAAUCUCCUUAAUGCUUUUUUUCCCUACCCUCCCAAUUUUUCUAACUGUUGGCAGCAUGCCUAUUACUCUCACUUCAAUGACAAAGAAACAUUUCUUUACCUAUUGACAAAGUGCAAGAUGUGCACUAAUAAAAUAGGAACAUGGCCAAUCAGAUGUAACAACACAACCAAUAAAUUUUAGUCAUAAGAAUUCAUAACACUCAAGUAAGGGAGCUUGCCUAUUAGUGUAAAAGUUUAAGUACACCCAAGUGUCUUGUCCCUGAAUGUUAGAAGUUUGAGCUAAUGUUGCUACAUAGUCCGUAGUUGCUGUUUGAUCAACUUCAAGCGGUCUCAAAAGUUUACAAAGCUUGUACAGUGAAGCUCUCUAAGGCUUCGUCUCCACGGUACGUUUUCCUACUAUUUGUUGCUGAAAAAAGUUACACCAACAAGAUACGGACGAAUAUUGACUUACUCAUAUUAAUAGUUGAUCCAAGAACAACUGAGAAAAGAAAAAGAAGCAAAAGCGAAGUGUGCAUAACUUUAUAUUUGUUUAGUUCCUUACAUUUGAUUCUUCAUAUUUGUUUAGUUCUUAAAUCAAAUCAAAUUAAAAAAUGCAAUUGCAACUUCAACGUCCAUGGAGCAUUGGACGAAGUAACUUGAACUCCAAUUUUCCGCACAAAGUUGUUACAAGAAUGCAAAAGCUCCGCCCUUUGGAGGUUGUAACUCCAAAAAAUAGCCAAAAUUCCUCUCAUCCAGUUGACGCUGCCACAAAUUCCUUGAAAUUAACUGCCCUUGGAGACAAGAUCUGAGGCAUUAUUUCAUGACUUUUCGCUUAUUGUUUCAGGGAACUUAAUCAACCCCAGCAAAUUAGACUUUAGCAUUGAGAGGCUACUUUUUAUAAGGUUAGAAGAGUACAAGGAAGAUUUACAGAUCAAUAUUCUACAAACAAUUGCGUGCCUUUGCAAUUUUGUUUUUUUACCGUUUGGUCAGAUCUCACAGGUCCCAAAUUUAUAGAGGUACUUCUAAUGUUUGUCUAUUUUUUACUUUUGCCUAAUAAUUUCUACAUUAAUAGGAUUGAAAAUAAGUUCUCUCUUGCAAAACAAAUCAGUUGAACAUUUAUUCACAAACAUAGAGAAAUCAAUAGUACUUACUUACACAAAUAGGAACAAUACAAUCAAAAUCGUAAGAACAAGAAAAUAGUCUCAUCAGUAGAAUGGCACAAGAACUGUGCAUCAUAUUGUACAUUUUCCAAAUAAAAGGAUUAAAAUCUUUCA